AUGCCACCGUUUGAUGUUCAAGGAUAUGCCCGGGAACAAUUUGAGGAGGAGGCCGGGGAAAAAGCCGAAGAGCCAACGUUCGUGAAGCUUGAAUUACGUGGCGACGAGUCAACGGAAAGGGAGUUGGAAAGGAAUGAAGAACCCAGAAUGAGGAGGAGGAACAAAAAGAGGAAAUCCAAUGAAGACACUAAUGAAUCCAAACAACCGAAAAUGUGGACUCAAUAUUUCAUCGCUGGCGGCACAGGCGGUGCAGGUCAAAACCGAGUUCCUUGGUAUGGCCAGCCCAUACACUUGAUGGCGAUAUUUGACAAACACUUUCAAUCAGGGAACCAUCCACGCAACGGCGAAACUCGUGAAGCAGACGUGGUUGAUAGAAACCCAUUUGGAUUUCGCACUUCCAACAGCUUCAAUCACGGCCACACAAGCAACAGCAACAACAACUCACUCCACAAUGAACUCUUGGAAAGCGAUAGCGACAGCGAGCCCAGCAACUGUAAUGAUUUCCGCGGAAUCUUCAUGUUUGCUUCGAUCCCACUUGCGAUACUCGUGCUCGUGUGUCUCUAUGCGCUACUUCGCCAGUUUUGCAGCGGUGUUGCCCCUACAGUACGGAAAAUUUGCCGAUUCCAAAAUAACGGAAAUGUGCCACCACGAAAGAAGCUCCAACUGGAUGAGAUUGUAGAUGUAGAUGUUGAUGUGGAUGUUGAUGUUGCCGCGCAAGCUGAAGCUGAAGCUAGCCCUCCUGCUUAUUCCGAAAAGAGCCCCGUGUGGCUUGAGCCACCACCUCCUACGUUUGCACCUCCACGAGCCUCGCAUGUUGAAAAUGAAGCAUCGAGUGCCAAUUUCUUUUCGCAACGCGAGGUCUAG